AUGCAAUUAACAGAGGAAGAAUUGACACUACAGGAGUACAAUGAAGGAUUCUGGUGUUGGUAUUGGUCCAACUUUUUGGAUGUGCUUGGUAGGGACAAAAGCAUCGAAGAGCACAGAGCUGACUACGCGGAGCACCUGAAAAACAAGAAAGAAUCAGAAGACUAUAGAGCCAAUUCCUCGUUAUCAGUUGUCACGGUGAUAGAGGGCAAUGGACAAGAAUCAGGGUCAUCUGGAAGCGAAAACGACGAUGAAACAGCAGCUGAAAUGAGCCAAGAAUCAGAAAGCUCUCAAGAAGUUUCUGAAGAAAAUUUUAGAUCCUUAAAAUCAUCUGUAAAAGAAGAAGAAGAAGAAGUGAAGAAGAAGAGCAUUGGGAUCCCAGCAAGCCUAAAUCCUGAAAUGUGGGAAUCGGAUUCGGAUUAA